CACUGCUUCACGGCUGUAGCUUCAAGGCACCAUUGUUGAUCCAACCUGUCAACAGCAGGCAGGGUAAUUCAUAAUAAUGCAUAGCGCAUGAGCUGUUCCAAUUCCUAUAUCUCCAUUCUACGAAGAAGCGCCUACUAUACAACCCACAUCUCCUUCGGGAGCUGCUCCAUGUCAUUCAAAUCGAAGGACCUCGCAUACGAUGCAAAGGAGCCCGCUUUCCUACAGAGACUCAAAAGCCAAUACGGAAACACUUCAGGUCGUCUCGAGAGACCAAUUGCCCGGCCACGGAAACCGAGGGAUGAUAAUGACGAUGACGGUCCUACCUACGUUGAUGAGGAGAGCAAUGAGAUUAUCUCCAAGGAAGAAUAUGAAGCAUUAGUCCGCGGAGAAGAUGAUAAGGAAGACGAGGACGCUAAAAAGGAUCCAGAACAGUCUGGCACUGGCGAAGACGGUAAACCGAAUGCGAAAACCGAAGCGGAUGCUCCGAUCUCGAAACAAAACCUGGCAGAAAUAGGAGGACCACGGAAAAGAAAGCAGGGCAAGGUAGUCGGAGAAGAGAAUACUACUGAAGAGGCUGAGGAGGCACAACAAAAAGAGCCAGACACUCGGAAACCAAGACCCAAGACAAAAAAGAAGAAGAUCAAGCUCUCGUUUGAUGACUCAUAAUGACAGGAUUUGAGUCAUUUAACCCUAUACUAGCACUAUACCCUAUCAUCGCCAGGGAUGAGACUCUGUAUCAUCUCUCCGACUUAGUUCAAUCUUCAGAAUCGAGUAGUUAUUUAGUCAGUUCGGAUGAUACCAUGGAGUGAUGACAUGGUUGACUAUAACACCCGCAACCUGGUAGUCAUAGUUAAAGCGCAGC